AUGAAUUCAACAAGACAGCGAACAAAACAACCAGUUUAUACGUCGGACAAACGUGCUAAAUUUACGCAGAGGGAAAGUAAAAAAUGGAUACGAUUUGGAACAGUUGUUGGCUAUAUAUUUUUUGUAUCACUACCAGCCUUGGCACUUAGCAUCUACUAUAUCUAUAUAUGGAACCCGAAAUACAUUGAAAUGUUAACAAAUGGUUUGGUACACUCGAUUAGCAUUGAUUAA